GACGUGCAACAGAAAAGAAAUUUGCCCCUUGCUGGAGAUAACUGCGCCUAGCCCAGGCAGGCGGCUAAGAUGGCUCGAACCAGGGAAUUUAAGCUCACAACUACAUUGUUGAUAGCUCUAGCUAUCUCUUCAAUUGUAGUUGAAGCUAAACCAUUCCAUCAUUUUAAAGAUCACCUGCCGGUAAAAUUAGGCCUUGCUGGUGCGCCUGUUGCACCAGGAGGCGAAGCUGUUUUUGUUAUCACCAACUACGGGGCAAAACCUGAUGGAAAAUCCGAUAGCUCAAUGUCGUUUCAAAAAGCAUGGAAGGAUGCAUGCAACUCAAACGGACCAGCAAGAGUUGUUGUCCCGGCGGGAACUUUUAAGACAGGGGAAAUUAUAUUCACAGGACCAUGCACAGCAGCGCCAAUAACCUUCGAGGUUCAAGGAACCAUGUUAGGGAGUGAAGAUGUGAGCAUGUACUCUCAAAAUCAGUGGAUCACCAUUGAGCACGUGAACAAUGUCAUCGUUACUGGCCCCGGGACUCUUGACGGACUAGGUGCAUCGACAUGGAAACUCAAGGAUGAUAGCUUUGGUGGUGGUGUCCGGCUUCCUGAUUCGCUUGUGUUUUUCGCUUCAAACAACUCAGUGGCGCAGAACUUCGCCUCAGUAAACAGCAAAGGCUUCCACAUCAAGGUGCUUCAAAGUGUCAACGUUACGGUUCAAAAUGUGACGAUCACCGCACCAGGAGAUAGCCCAAACACCGAUGGCGUCCAUGUAAGUCGUUCAGAAAAUGUAAAUGUUCUGGAUUCGACAAUUGGAACCGGCGAUGAUUGUGUUUCUAUUGGUGCCGGGAACACCAACGUUACCGUCGCAAGAAUUGUAUGCGGCCCCGGACAUGGACUUAGUGUUGGAAGCCUCGGCAAAUGGCAAGAUGAGACCGAUUUGAGAGGAGUUACUGUCACUAAUUGUACACUGACAAAUACAACAAACGGAGCCAGGAUCAAGAGCUAUCGCCAGUCACCUUCGCUAAGCGCCUCUGGCAUUAUUUUUGAUGAUUUAGUGAUGAACGGUGUUCACAACCCCAUCAUUAUAGACCAAAACUAUGACUCAAUGAACCUGCAACAGGGAUCAAAUGUCAAGCUUUCCGACAUUCACUUCAGGAACAUUAGGGGUACUUCUCUGACAAACGUCGCAGUCACUCUCAACUGCAGUAGUACAUUCCCGUGUGAAGGUGUCGAGUUGGUGGACAUUGAUCUCUCAUAUGCAGGGGCUCCUAGUCAAGACAGCUUGCCUGUUCAAUCCGCUUGUCAAAACGUCAAGCCAACUGUCAGCGGCAUAAUGAACCCCCCUGCUUGUCCAGCACGAUAAAUAUUCAUCUGUGAUUGUGUUAUGUUUAUAUGAUCUAGACACUGGCCGACGAAAGUGUGCUUUUCAGUUGCACUAGGAAGCACCGUUGUCGGAGGUUUUUUCUCUUGUGUAAACAUAACAUCUGUUCAAGAUGAAAAACCUAUGCAUCAAUCUUUUUCUGUUAUUGACAGACUUGCUAAUAAAAUUACCAUCAGUCUUUUUUGUU